AUGUCUUAUCCUGACCAGCGAACCGAUGACGAAUGGCGCGCCAUUCUGAAUCCUACGCAAUUCAGGAUUCUCAGAGAAAAGGGAACUGAGGCCCCCGGCACUGGAGAGUUUAAUAAGCACUACCCCAAGGAGGGUGCCUACACCUGCGCUGCAUGCGAUGCGCCGCUCUACAAGGCGACGCACAAGUUCAACUCUGGCUGCGGUUGGCCGGCAUAUUUUGAUAGCAUCCCCGGCGCGGUUACCCGGCACGAGGACCGAAGCUUUGGCACCAUCAGAACCGAAAUUGUCUGCUCCAACUGCGGCGGCCACUUGGGCCAUGUUUUCAAGGGAGAGGGAUUCCCAACGCCUACGGAUGAGCGCCAUUGUGUGAAUAGCAUCAGCUUGAAGUUUUCACCGGAAGAUAAGAUGGUGGAGAAUAGCAGCAACGAUACCAAGGCAUAA